GUCAGUGUCACGUCAAGCACAUGUCAGGCACUUGAAUUUUUGGAGUCCGGUUCGCGGGUGAAAGAAAGAAAUUGGGAAAUUACCGGUCGGAUUUUGAGUUUAAGGAAAUCUAGCAUUUGUUUUUAUUUUCACCAUGAAUGAAUCAAUACUAAUACCAUCACCGAAUUGGUUCUUCCCGUCGGUUAUGGCUGUGAGUUCCGAUGGUUGGCUUAUUUAUGGAGGACCGAGUAAAAGCAUUUGUGUUUGUGAACCACAAAAGAAGGAUAUCGGUGUUAUAGCCGCAAAAGAAAAAUUUCAAGCUCAUGUUUUUUUCGUGGGAAAUACAGAGAGGAUUAUAUCAGUGGACUUAUCUCCAGAAUGGUUAGAAAAAAAGUCUUUCGUCUCUGGCACUCAAGAUGGUACUGUGAAACAAUGGAUUAUCCAAAAAGAUAAUGAUAAAAUAAAAAUAAAAGAUCCACAAUGCCACGAAUUUCACAAAACUGCUAGUGAAGAUUUAGUUGGAGUAGCUUACAGUAAUGCAACAACAGCCAUUUCAGUUGGAGCUCAUAAUAACAUAGUCAAAUGGGACUUAGCAUCAAAUGUUACCAAGGUGUACAACCAAUUUAUGAAGACCUUCCGACCUACAUGCAUGGCGUGUUCCCCUCAUGUAUCAUUGCAGGUUGCUGUAGGGACAAGACAGGGUGUAGUGUUCCUUAUUGACUUGCAUGGUAAAGGAAAACUACUAUACAAAGUCCGAGGGCAAGAUGACCCAGUAAUGAACCUGAGCUGGUGCCCAAAAUAUGUAACAACCGUAGUAAACAAAGGUAAAGAAGUCCAGCCGUCACUUGCUGAGAGACUACAAGCUAUAAGAAGAGAAGGUGAAAAGGAAUCGGAACAGCUAGAACGAUCAGGAGUUGAGAAGGACCUUCCAGAAGAUAGCUUCGAUGAGUCCAUAGUACAGGAAGAUGACACAUUUGACAUCUAUAAAGACCAUGAACAUGAUGAGUUUGGUCAUAAGAAGUAUGAACCAGAAAGUAUAAGGGUUAAGGUAAAGAAGGAGGAAACCAAAGAAACAGAUUAUUUGGCUGAAUGUUUGAAGUUGAAGGAAGAAAUAUUGAAGAGAAAGAAUCAACCGGAGCCAAGUAUAGAGUCCUUGGUUAAUGCUUUGGAUGGGACCCAUGUGGAGAGUGAUCAUGAUGGUCAAACUGCUAAACCAGAGGCAGAAAAUGCUCAAGCCUUGCCUGAACCAGCGAAAAGUUCAGUGAAGACUGUCAAAAUUAGUUGCCGCACUAGUCAAGAGCAUAAACAUCUGCUUGCAUCAAUUGGAAAAAUUGGAGGAGUUCGAAUAUGGUCAGAGACAGGUAAACUAGUGGCCACUAGUGUUAUUCCAACUGUUCCCAAAAGUGCCAUGAAAGGAAAUUUCAUCACUUCACUGCUUUGGUACACUUCAACAUCACUUCUUGUUAUUGAUGGUAGAAACCAACUGCUGGAGAUCAAUCCACUUAAAAUUGACAAAAAGAACAGACUGGACUGGUGUGUACUGAAGCACUUACACAAGCGUGGAAUGUAUUGCGUCAAAACAAAUGCGCCGUCAGUUCAGAAGGACGAUGUACAGUCAGAUGACUGGUCCGUUUGGACCGUGGCCCAGGACAGGACUAUUAUACGAUACUGUAUGAAGAAAAAGAAGACUUUGGCUGUCAUUCCCACUGCGGGAGGCUCCGUGUAUUCGGUGGCUGUUUGCCCUUAUGAUGCUGGAAAGAUAGCAGUAAGUGUAGGGGAUGGCGCAGUCCGUAUAAUGGAGAGUACGACCCUCGCAGACGACGACAUGAGGCUCACGCCCCCACGGGUCAACUCCUACUGGCAGAAUGUUCAAGGAAAAGUGCUCAACGUCGCCUGGCAUCCCACUAGAGAGAACCUGCUAGCUUAUGCUACUGGAGAAUCUAGAGUAGGUAUAAUAGACACCAGCUCUAAAUCGGAAUCGGGCCGGGUAUUGAACUGUGCUCUCAGUCAUGGCGUCUACUCUUUGAGCUGGGGAGAAGAUAUGAACCUGUACGCUAGCGGCGGGUGUAAGCUGGUCAUGUACAACGCGCAACGUUACAACGACGACCCGCAACAGCUGGACAUAACGAUAGAAGGCCAGAAGUGGGAAAUAUGUGCGGUGUCAUGGUCCCCGCGUGGCCUAUUCGUGGGCUCGGUUAGUGGCGGGGUCGCUCUACUCACAUCGAGCCUUCCGCACACUCUCAUCGUUGCCGAUUUCGUUUUCAAUAAAAUGAUACAUGCAAUCGAGUGGCACCCACAGCAGACAUCGAGCUCGACUGAGGAGUCUCCAUACAAGAACCUGGUUGCUGUCACCUCCUUGGAUAAAGAAUGUGGCAUUGCCAUUGUAGAAUAUGCCACUGGAGAAGAUGGGUUCAAGAAGUUGACUACAUGGAAGACAUUGUAUGGGCACACGAAGGCAGUGCUCCAGGCUGCUUGGAACCCACAUCGAGACGGUAUACUGCUGUCCUCCUCACAGGAUUCUACUGUUAGGGUAUGGGAUAUAUCAACGGGUAUCUGUACCUCAGUAUUCGGUGGUCACUCGACAGUCUCGCUGGGACUAUGUUGGAUGUCCCAACCGCAGCUAGCUGACUACGUCAUGUCGGGCGGCGGGGAGUUCUGUCUGAGGUUGUGGAACAUCAACGACCAUAAAACUGAGAAUUUUGUUGCCGAAACCAGUUCUGUAGCUAAAAAGCGGCAGCGUAGAAGAAAUAAGAAAGGAGUGGUGGACGCAAGCUCAGGAGAGGAAGAAAACGUAGCACUACAAACUGCAGUUACCAGCAAAUACAGCAGACCAACAAAGAGAUUCCUUCUACCAAUCAUGUUUAGACAGUUCAAUGACCCCGUCAGACGGUUGGACGCACUUCGAAAGCUCGUACAAAUGUGGCUAGAGAAAAAUGAACAUAAGCUUAAAGAAAAUGGCGAAACGAAGACAGAAGAAAUGGGAGGUGGUUCAAAUAGACCCAUAGAACAAAAUGCUACUCAAUCUAAAGAAAAUGGUUCCAUAAUAGAUGAGAAGGGUGAUCAUGCUUUGCCACAAUCAGAUGAUAAACCUGAAGGAGCUACAGCCAUUAAUGAGGCUGACAGUGUGCUUUAUGAACCAAUAGAGUCCAGUUUAGAUUUCAUCAAAGUCUUCGGUACUGUAAAGGAGGUUAAUGAGUUUUUGGAUAUGGAAAUGCACGGCCAUUUAGAAGAAGUGUAUCACCCGGAGGCGUACAUAAUGUUGUCGAUAAUUCGCGGCCACAUCGACUCCAUGAUACAGUUUGCCAGUGAGCGCGAUAUGCUCUGUCCCUUCCUGCUUAGUAUGGCGCCCUGCGUGUCUUUCAAAUAUUGGAAGGACGCAACCCAGUUAUAUUUGAAACAAAUAGAUCGAAUAGUGGCCAGAGGAGAGGAGGAGAGGCUAUUUGAAAACAAGCAUUACGGAGGCGCGACGUUCCGUAAAGCGGCCAUACAGCUGAGCAUGCAUGACGUCAUGGGUGCUGUCAAAACGCUAACCGAAGGGAAACUAUUCAAGGAGGCGUAUAUACUAUGCCGUCUAAGAUAUAUGGAUAAUAUAGCUAACGAAAUAGUGGCCGAAUGGGCUGAAGAGCUGUCGAACAGCGGACAAAUGAAUAUGGCGGCAUUUCUCUACACAGUCCUGGGCGACCUGUCUCAAGCAGCGCAAGUACUAGCCAAAUCGCAAAGGCUAGAUUUUCUCAAACUGGCGGCAGAAAUUGCGAAGAUAGCUGGUAGAACCACGUUCGCUGACCACGUCACGAAGAAAGUUAAUCAAACUGAAGCCCAAAUGUCCACAGACAAGACUGAAGAAAUUUUGAAGGAGUUACCUUCAAAGAUAGACCUCCUUAUGAAGGACGAGAUUGCCAAAGCUUGUGAUAAUAGUAAAAGUGAUAUUUUAAAUGGUGAAACCUCGCACUCUGUUACGUUGAAUGGAGAUAAUAAAACCAAUGAAUAGGCUAUAAGCAGUCUUUUUGUGUAAAAACAAUGAGAAUAGAUUUGUUCCAAAAUAUGUUUUAAUGUAAUGAAAUAAGCCUGGUUUUUAUUUGGUCGGUCUGGUAAUGUAAAGUGUUUUACAAUAUCAAUUGAUAUCUUCUCAUUGGUCUUUUUUUUAAUAAUUGUGAUUUGAUUAUCGAUUUUAGUCGAAUCUCAAUGUGUAGUAUUCUAUUUUACGACUCCGCCUGUCGUAGCCCUUAGCUGGGCAUAGGGCUUGUGUAUUGGUAUGUGUAUCAUGUUUUCGUAACUGUUCGAAAAUGUAACGAUAUCAUUUUUAUGUAAUAAAUACAUUCUCAUAA